CGUUGUUUGCUCAAUCAAAAAAUUAAAACAUUUUAACAGAUACUUUAAACCGGACCGUGUUUCUUAAAAGGGCAACGCGGCGGAGCGCCCCCUGUCUGCCAGGAUGUCCAGUGCUGAUGUUCGCAGACGGAAACGCAAGGAGCUUGAUGCUCUGCACAGCAAGUCUCGGAUCAGGAUCGGGGUUCACCUGCAGCGCUGGUGCGAGCUGAAAGAGAGGCUGGGGCUCCCUCUGCACUCCGACCUCGCCAGCUUCCUGCUGCACAGCUACUCGACCAGAGAGAACCUCACCUGCACAGCUCGUGGGAUCCACUCUCCUUGCUCCGGUGUGUUUGUGACGUCUGCCUCCUCUCUGCUUCCCCUGGUGGAGUGGGUGCACCAUCACAGCCGGGAGUGCAACUCCAUGCCAGAGAUACAGAGAGUCAGCGACGUCACCAGCGACAUCACCAGAGACAUCACCAGCGACGUCACUAGCGACGUCACCACUGGGAGCACUGGUCCCCAUAGCUCCAGGUUCAGGAGACACCAGAUCUGUUGGCAGUGCCUGGCCGGCCACACCUUCCCAUGGUGCACUGGGGCAGGCGCAGGAGAGGCGGAGGAAGAGACCUCGAGGCGGGGACCGGAAACCACGGCGGGGGAGAGAGAAACCGGGAGAGGGGGACCGGAAACCACGGCGGGGGAGAGAGAAACCGGGAGAGGGGGACCGGAAACCGCGGCGGGGGAGAGAGAAACCGGGAGAGGGGGACCGGAAACCACGGCGAGGGAGAGAGAAACCGGGAGAGGGGGACCGGAAACCGCGGCGGGGGAGAGAGAAACCGGGAGAGGGGGACCGGAAACCACGGCGAGGGAGAGAGAAACCGGGAGAGGGGGACCGGAAACCGCGGCGGGGGAGAGAGAAACCGGGAGAGGGGGACCGGAAACCGCGGCGAGGGAGAGAGAAACCGGGAGAGGGGGACCGGAAACCGCGGCUGGGGAGAGAGAAACCGGGAGAGGGCCCAGGGUGAGGAAGAAGAUGAGCGGACGAAAUAUUGGCAACGAUCCGACGGUCGCCGCGGAUGCCAGCCCUGUUGCGCGGCCCAGGAGAGGGCGAAGGUCCUCGGCGGCCGCCGUCGCCGCGGUAACGCCGUGGUUACGGAGCAGAAGCAAACUCCAGGAGCAGGAAGUGGAACCGGAACAGGAACAGGAAGUGGCGCAAGAUCCCGUAUCCACGGCAACUGUGGAAUCCGAAACUGGACCGGGCGAAUGUGAGCCAAUCAGAGCGGAGAAUGAGAGCGAUGGGGAAGAUCGUGCUUACAUCAACAGCAAGGAGAGAGCGGGAGAGGGGGAAGAGGAGCAGGGAGAGAGAGAGGAGGAGAGAGAGAGAGAGGAUUUCGAGGGGGGGCCGAUCUGCGAGGCUGGGAGGAGAGAGAAGAGAUCUGCAUUUGCAGGACAGGAAGCCCGGCGCUCUGCUGAUAAACUACAGGCCUCCACCAGGGGGAGCCAGCGAGUGAAAACUGAGCCCAGGGUGGAGAAGAGAGAGAGGAGCAGGAAAGCCGCUCCCAGGGAGAUCCUGCUGUGUGAAUUCAACAGCUGUGGAAAAAUCUUCUCAACAAAACAGUAUUUAAACCACCACAUGAAGUAUCAGCAUCUCCAGCAGAAGACCUUCACCUGCGGCCAGCCGGACUGCGGGAAAUCCUUCAACUUCAAGAAACACCUGAAGGAACAUGAGAAACUGCACAGUGACAGGAGGGAUUAUAUCUGUGAGUUUUGUGCACGGGCGUUUCGAACCAGCAGCAACCUGAUCAUCCAUCGCAGAAUUCACACAGGAGAGAAACCGCUGCAGUGUGAGGUGUGUGGCUUCACUUGCAGACAGAAGGCCUCUCUGAACUGGCACAUGCGGAGACACGACGCUGAGGCCUCCUACCUGUUCUCCUGUGAGCUUUGUGGCAAACGAUUCGAGAAGCGGGACAACGUGACAGCCCACAAGGGCAAGAGCCACCCCGAGGCACUUCCUGCGCCGCCAGCGACCUCACUUCCUGUGUCGGCACAGGCACCACCCAGAGGGACUUCCUGCGACGUCACUUCCUCUCCCUGUGCAGAGCGAACCCACUGAGACACUGUGGUUAUAAUCCAGAGUCCUGUUCACACUGAGAGAGACUGCGUUUAUAAUCCAGAUUAGAGUCCUGUUCACACUGAGAGAUACUGCGUUUAUAAUCCAGAUUAGAGUCCUGUUCACACUGAGAGAUACUGCGUUUAUAAUCCAGAUUAGAGUCCUGUUCACACUGAGAGAGACUGCGUUUAUAAUCCAGAUUAGAGUCCUGUUCACACUGAGAGAGACUGCGUUUAUAAUCCAGAUUAGAGUCCUGUUCACACUGAGAGAUACUGCGUUUAUAAUCCAGAUUAGAGUCCUGUUCACACUGAGAGAGAGACUGCGUUUAUAAUCCAGAUUAGAGUCCUGUUCACACUGAGAGAGAGACUGCGUUUAUAAUCCAGAUUAGAGUCCUGUUCACACUGAGAGAGAGAGACUGCGUUUAUAAUCCAGAUUACAGUCCUGUUCACACUGAGAGAGACUGCGUUUAUAAUCCAGAUUAGAGUCCUGUUCACACUGAGAGAGACUGCGUUUAUAAUCCAGAUUAGAGUCCUGUUCACACUGAGAGAGAGAGCGAGACUGUGUUUAUAAUCCAGAUUGCAGAGUCACACUGAGAGGGAGGGAGACUCCUGUUCCCGGAUUUCGCUCUGAUGAAGGGAUUAGAAUGUUGGGAUGUGCGC